AUGGCUGAAUACUUUAAAGAGGCAUGCAGAUGUCCUAUCUGCUCCGGUCACCUCCAAAAACCCAUGUAUCUGAAGUGUGGUUACACCUGCUGCCUGUGCUGCACCGGCUCCCUGCAGAGGGAGCCCGACGGGGAGGGCCUCCUGUGCCCCGGCUGCUCUGUGGUCUCUCGGGAGCAGGACAUCAAGCCUGCGUUCCAGCUGAGGGAUCUGGUGGAUGCUGUCAAGGAGCUGGAGCCCCAUCUGAGUGCCGUUCUGUCCAUGAACCCCAGGAUGCUCAAGUUCCAAGUGGAUGUGACCUUGGACGAGGACACGGCCCACAAAUGCCUGGUCAUCUCUGAGGACCGGAAGACCGUCCACUGUGGGCUUUCCCCACAGACUUGGAGGGAGUGUCCCGAGAGAUAUAACUACAUGUUGUGCGUCCUGGGCUCCCCGGGGUUCAGUUCUGGACGCCAUUACUGGGAGGUGGACGUGGGCAGCAGCAAAGAAUGGAACGUGGGGGUCUGCAGAGAGUUGGCUAAGUGCAAGGGGCUGGUCCUGCUGGCCUCGGACCAGGCUACUGGACCGUGGCUUUGA